CUUUCGGAUUUAAAGCGUUAGUAGAAAUUGGUGGUAAGAAGGCGAAGGAUCAUGAACGUAUCUGUGAAAUUAAAUUUUUAAAUUAUGUGUGAAUAAACAGUUCUAUAAUAUAUAUAUUAAUAUUUAAUAUUAUUUAAUAUUACUACUUAAUAUUUAAUAUUUAUAAUAAUAUUUCAUAAAAAAACAUAAAUUAAUUGAAAAAACUUAAAAUGUUUUCAAAAAUUUAUUUGCUACUUUUAUUUGUAGUUUUAAAAGAUGGAUUAUGUUUAUUUUGGCAUAAUCAUCAUCAAAAUAGAGAAGAUAAUUCAGAAAGAAAAAAUGUUCAUACAAUUCCGCUUAGUUCAGAUAUCACUUUCUAUUGGAGGGUUGAUUUUAUGAGUGAAAUCAUAAUCGCAGAAGUUCAUUAUACAAGUAUUGACAAUUCUUGGUUCGCUAUAGGUUUUUCAGAUUACGGUAAACUGAAACCUGCCGAUUAUUGCGUUUUAUGGAUUGAUUGGCAUCGUCAAAUUCAAUUACAAGAUGCUUGGGCAGAUGAAGAAGGAAAAUUAAAUUUAGAUUUGCAACAGGAUUGUGAGAAUUUUGCAUGGAGAAGAAGAGGAAAUAUAACAAAAUUCACUUUUUCAAGGAAAUUUGAUACUUGCGAUGAAAAUGAUUAUAUUAUGGAGAGAGGUACUACACAUUUAGUAUGGUUAAAAGGUUUAGGACCACUAUCAUCUUUGACUGGUUUGCAAGUAUCCGAUGCAGAAACUUCUGGUAUGUCUAGAACAGAAUUAAUCAGGACGCUUCAUAAGAAGCCAAUAUUUCCUUCAAAUGCUUGGCAGUUAGAAAUAUUAACAGAUCGUGUGAAAGUACCGAACAAAGAAACAACUUAUUGGUGCCGUGUGCAAAAAUUACCUCCUAUUUUGUCUCAAAAACAUCAUAUCCUACAGUUUGGUCCAGUCAUACAAACAGGUAACGAACAUUUAGUUCAUCAUAUGGAAAUUUUCCAUUGUGCUGGACCAAUAAAUUUUGAAAUUCCUAUGUAUGAUGGUCCUUGUGAUGGAACUGAUAGACCAGAGAAAACUCAAAUAUGUAAGAAAGUUCUAGCAGCAUGGGCCAUGGGAGCAGAUGCUUUUAUCUAUCCAGAAGAAGCUGGUCUUUCAAUUGGUGGCCAAGAUUUUAAUCCUUACAUCAUGCUGGAGAUUCACUACAAUAAUCCUGAAUUUCAAAAUGGGAACAUCGAUUCUUCAGGAAUUCGUUUCAUUCUUACUAAAAGUCUUCGGAAAUACGAUGCUGGUGUAAUUGAAUUAGGCUUAGAAUAUACUGAUAAAAUGGCUAUUCCUCCACAACAAGAAGCUUUUACUUUAUCUGGACAUUGCAUACAAGAAUGUACAGGCAUUGGUCUUCCACAACAUGGUAUUCAUAUUUUUGCAUCGCAACUUCAUACACAUUUAACAGGCAUAAAAGUUAUUACUCGUCAUAUUAGAGAUGGAGAAGAAUUACCUUUAUUAAAUUAUGAUAAUCAUUAUUCUACUCAUUUUCAAGAAAUUCGACUCUUACCGAAACCUGUUAUCAUCUUACCAGGAGAUUCGUUAAUAACAACUUGUACGUACAAUACAAUGGAUAGAAAAAAUAUUACUCUUGGUGGAUUUGCCAUUUCCGAUGAAAUGUGUGUGAAUUAUAUUCACUAUUAUCCUAAUACUCGAUUAGAGGUUUGUAAAAGUGCUAUUAGCAAUGAUGUUCUAAGAACUUAUUUUCGAUACAUGAAAGAAUGGGAAAAUCAACCAAUUAGCAUCGAUAAUGGUAUCUCUUCAAAUUAUAAAAGCAUCGAGUGGACUAAAGUUCGCGUACAAGCUUUACAUGAUUUAUAUGAAGCUGCACCUUUAGGAAUGCAAUGCAAUGGAUCCGAUGGAUCUCGACUUCCUGGACUAUGGGAUAACAUAGCUGCUUCACCAGUUAAACUACCCUUACCUCCGCCAACUCGAAAUUGUCCAGAGAUUUAUCAUUAAAAUAAGAUAAAAUAAAAUAAGAUAAUAAAUUCUAUAUAAAUUUUUUUUCAACAUCAUAUAAUGUUAUCUACAUUACAACAAACAUUAUAUAAUGUUAUCUAUUUCUGAAAAUAAAAUUAAAAUUCAUGUUCACGGAUUAUACAUAAAGAUUAAAAAAAUAAACAAAGCAUACUAAAAUAAUUCAUAUACGUACAUAUACGUAGAUUUACAGUGAUUUCCAUGAAUAUAUAAAAUUAUUAUACUUAUAAAUAAAAUAUUCCGUCAUACAAUAUGUAAUAUAUUUUCCGAUUUAUCUGUAUUAUAUUCUUUUAAGAUCAUUUUAAUUAAUUCUUUUAAGAUAAUUUCAUGAUCUUAAAAAAUACAAUUCUACAAAAUAAAAUAACAAUUCAAGUUACAAUAUAAUACUAUUGUAUUUAAACUAUUUCAUAUAAGGAAUAAAUGAAAAAAAAAUUGAAAGACUAUUGAAAAGCGUAUCUUGGGAUAACGAUAAAUAUUAUCAAUUAAAAGUUUAUAAAUCUCCAAUAUAUUUAUGCAUUUUAAGGGUUCUUUUUGGCAGUACAUUAUCUUGCUGCGAAUAAGCUAGCUUAAUUGAAUGUUCAUUAACAAAUAUUUGUUUUAUAAAAAAUUGAUAAUUGUAAAAUAUGAAAUAAUAAAAAUAAACAUAAUAAUAAUAAUAAUAAUAAUAAUAAUAAUAAUAAUAAGCAUAAUAAUAAUAAUAAUAAUAAUAAUAAUAAUAAUAACUGAAACUUUGUCUUUACAAAUUUUAUGAAUGUACAAAAGAGGACCGCGUCUUAAUGUUAAAUAUGAUAUAAAAAUUAAAAAUAUCGAAUUAUUUACGAUAUAAUACACAUGAGCGCGUUAUACAUACAUACAUACAUACAUACAUACAUACAUACAUACAUAAUAUACAUGCAUACAUACACGCAUACGCUAAAAUCACGCACACGAUAGUUGCCUUGUUUGUUUAUCAAGCUCAAAAAUAUCUUUCGGAAAUUAAUAUAACGCGAUCUUUUCCUCUUCUCUGGUAAUUUGAUUUUGUUUUGUUUUCUUUUUUUUUGUAAUUUAUUAUUGUUUCAUUUAAUUUAUGUAUACAAUGUUAUAUUUUUUAUCGAGUACUCAUUAAAUAUAUUUUUUGAUCUUAUCAAUUAAAAUCAAAAUAUUCUAGCGCACAAUACAAAAUUUUAGCGAGUAUUAAAUUUGUACUGCCAAAUGUAUUUUUUUUAUUAUUAUUAACUCUUUGAAGUAUAUUUUUGGAAUAAAAGAUAUCAAUUAAAAAAUUCUUUUUUAAUUAAAAAGCAGUUCUUCUAAAAAUCUGAUGAUAAUGGAGAGUUAAUAUAUUAGUUAUUAAUUAUAUAUAAUGAUAAAAAAAUAUCGUUAAGAGUACUAUUAAUGAUAUAGAAAUUCCAAAAUGAUUUUAAUACUUCAAAGAUUCAGAGUUUUUAUUGAAGAUAUAAGAGAGAAUCUUUCUCUUUGGUGCUAAAUUAAGCUGCACUUAGACUUCUAAAAUAUUAAUCUAAAAAAAAAAAAACUUGAAAAA